UUCAGAAAGUACUGUGAGCGCACAAUGUCAAUUAAGUAAUUGAGCUGAAGUGAGUGGCAGUGUCAGACAGAGAGGGGGGCGCUGAGCCCGAUAGUGGUCUCCAGAAGAGACCUCACUGGCUGCAGAUGAAGUUUUCAGUCACACUGCGACGUGCGGGACUAUUGGGAAUUCGUGUCAAACAUCCGGACUCUCUAUCUUCAGACUGAGAUGUUGCGAUGUUCCGUGCAGCCUUACAAAACGUGGACUUGUUUCGGGUGAUUCUGCUGUAUUCGGUUUUUCUACCGGAGACCGGCUGUAGAUCAGCCGAUGCAGACAGCUGUCAUGAGGUGAAGACAGCCUACAUGAUGCGCCAAAUAGGCCCGGUGGAGCUGGUGCCAGACAGACCGGGAACAGAUGAAUCUCUCCGAGUGUGUGCCCACCCUGGGCCCACCUGCUGUACAAGUAAGAUGGAGGACAGCUACAUGGCGGCUGUUCGCAGUGAGACGCAGCAAAAGAUGCAGUCUUACAGCUUCGAACUCAAGUACCUGAUUGCUGGACACACCAAGGCCUACCAAGAGACCUUUGAGUCGCUUGUGUCCUUCACAUCUAACCUGACCAGCUCACUGUUCGACAGCGCCUACUCCGCUCUGGCGUCCGACUGUCGCCCCCUUGUGUUUCAGCUUUUCAGCGACAUCAAAGACCACCUCUCUGGAGAUUCAGAUUCCUCCCUAGACAACACUGUGCGUCGAUUCUACAAUGAUCUCUUUCCUUUGGUUUAUCGCCGUCUGCUCAACCCUGGGAUUGGCCACAUGUCGCUCCGGACCUAUUCCUCCACCUCCACCACUCACGACGACUGCUUGCGGUUGACGCGGCAGGACGUCAGUCCGUUUGGACCCCAUCCUCACCUACUGGUCAGCGGCCUCUCCCAUGCGCUCAGGGCAGGUCGAUCAUUGAGCCGACUUCUCCGACUAGCUGGAGAGGUUGUGAAUGCAACCGAGAAGGCUACGUUAUCCAGAGAGUGCGGGCGAGGGUUAGUGAGGAUGCAGUACUGUUCCCACUGCAGAGGGCUGACACUGAUACGGCCCUGUACUGGACUGUGUGUUAACAUUAUGAGAGGAUGUCUGGUGGGUGUAUCAGAGCUUGGUGCCCCCUGGGGGAGUUUGGUGGUACUGCUUCAACGGUUAGCCGCUAGUUUAGCAACUAGCAGCAACCAGAACAGCAUGGAGUUAGCUCUGCUGGCAGUCCGAAACCAUGUGAAUGACGCCAUACUGCACGCUCAGCUGCACGGGCCACGCAUUACAGCCACGGUAGAGAAGGUGUGCGGUCCACAGGCAGCUGGUCCCAUGAUGACGAAUGCAAAUCCCACCACCUCCCAUAUUACUACCUCGGUGACUCCUGCAACAUCACUAACCUCAGCGAGGUCAUUGGUGACUUCACCUCCCUUGUUGGGCCCUGUUGCUCAUCAACCUCUGCAGCUGCAAUCCCGGAGGUUGUUCCCUCUUAAAGGUUCCAGAGGUGACAAGAGUCGAAGCCUGAAGAAACUCUCUAGGGAGUUUGAGAGCUCUAUCCAGCGGUACCAGUGGUUUUUCUCAGAGCUGCCAGAGAUGCUUUGUGAGAGCGAGAUGGAGGUUGAGCAGCACACGUGCUGGAGUGGCCAAGACGUCGCAGAGAGUUAUGCAGGUCGUGUGGUUGACAGCACUUUAAAAGCACAGAGGGAGAACCCAGAGAUGACCGUCCGUAAUACAGAUCCUGUCCUGAAGGGGGCAAAACAGAGACUGGAGCAGCUAACACAGGAGCUUUUAGUGGAGUUCGGCUGGGCGAGCAGAGCCAGAGGAAAGGGGGAAGAAGAGGAGGGAGGGAGCGCACAGACAGACAGAGGUAGUGGAAACGACUGUGAUGAUGAAGAUGGCUGUGAAGCAUCUGGCGAGGGGAACAGUGAUGAGACAGUUUAUUCAUCCAGCGGUCAUAGUCCAGAGGCAAAGAACAUGGCUCCUCCUCCUCCUCGUCGCCCCGUCCCUCCUCAUCACCCCUCACCUCCACAGGUGGCUGUUCGAGGCUCAGCCCACACGAUGACUGUCGAACCCUUACCCCUGACCCUGGGGACCCUGCUGCUCCUACUGCUGUCAACAUGGGAACCGCGCUGACCGUCGCGAGGCUGAUCCUGAGACGGACAGAGACAGGAGAGACCGAGAGACGACCACAAACUGUAUGUUUUGUGGCGGUGUUUGGUAUUUGGCAUUUGGAGUUUCUGUAAGCACAGCUGAACCACUCUGGUUGUUUUUGUCGUGGGUGGCCCGGCUGGUGGGACAGGCCGUGGAUUUAUCACAGUUGCAGGUGCACAGUAUGCAUUUUUAUAUUACCUGUACUGACCUCUACAUGUGUUUAUUUUUAUUUAACUCUUAUAGGAUAGAUUGCACAGCACUACUGACUUUUUUUGAAGAGCGAUGUAAAUACAAAUAUAUAUAUAUUAUAUAUUUAUAUGAAGAGUGUCUAUAGAUAACAGUGGCUUGACGUGUAAAUAGAGAUUAAAAUAAAACAGAGCAGAUUGACUUGGACUUUAAGGGAUGUUUGGUUUGGUUUGACCUUUACAUUAUGUAGAGAGAUUAAGAUCCAUGACAGCUACGAGUCAAGCUGAAGGCUUUCGCUUUUUAACGCAGCAAUAUAUUUACCUAUAUCCUCAUAUUUUGUGAGGAUUUAUUAAUGUUAAAGUAAACUCAGCAUACAGAGCUAAACUUAGUCUGGAAAAGGAAAUUAAUGGCAGUUUCCCGAAAGGCAAAACAACCGAUUAUGUGUUACAGACCAUUCACAGGUGGUCACGCAGUAUAAUAAAAAAUUCCAUUGUUUGGCCUGGAAGUCUGUGGAGACUGAAGCCCUUCAGAUACUUUUUUUUUUCUUUGACACAAACAUGCUCUUUUGUUCGUGCAAGCUGGGUGAUUUUUUUUUUUUUUUUUUUAAAUUUCUGCAGUAGGUAUGCUGAAGAAUUUAAAUUUCUCAAAAAAUGACUCCCAAGACAAUGCGUCCGCUUAUAGUUUGUCAUUUCUAGGUGUAUGAUACCUUUCAUAGUCUUGGUAGUUGUGGGAAAAAUGAGUUGAGACUGUUUUCUUCUGAAGACGUACAGGGGACGGAGUUGCAAAAGCACUACCGGAAGGAGUAUGAUAGCUUUCACUUCAUCUUCAAUUUCACUUGCAAGCUGCCCUCCUUGACAGGAAGCUCUGUUUCAAAUAAGAAUAUCCCAAACAGUAAAAAGCACCCAGUGCAAGAAAAGACUAAAUAUGGCCAGCAUCUAAGAGACAGAAACAACCAUCUGCCUGAAGACUGUCACAGUCAUUUCAAAGGGUUGCUGGUCUCCAAAUGUAUUAAUUAAAACUGCGAUGGGAGAGGAUAUAAGACAUCCAACAAAUUGUAGUGAGUGCUUUUUUCAAGUCUGAUACAUGUGAUUUCGGCUUGUCUCUGUAUCCAGUGAAGACAAGAGACGAAGUUUCAAGAGACUGAUCAGAGCAGAGCUGAGCCCAGAUCCAAACAUGUGAAUUAAAUGUAAUUCAUAUUAAUUAGGAUUAUCGAGUCCCCCCCCCGGCUCUCUGUUGAGUCUCAAUCCCCCAAACUGCUCACAACAGCAAGACGGGCAACUGGAAUAUCGAUUCAAUACAUUCAAAACGGAGCAAAUGAACCAACUGAAGGACGCCGCCUACAAGAAAGUCAGUGGGUGACUGACUUUCUUCUCAGAUAUAUCACACUGUGCUGCAUCUAAUAACUAGCUCACAUAUAUAUCUAAGACCUUUUACCCCUGAGGUUUCACACUGUAGAUUACAGUCAUUUGUGUCCUUGAUUUUCUGCGGCAAAACAGCAAAACUCAUGAAUGUGUCACUCACAUGAGAAAGUUUAUUAAUGAAUUAAUGUGACUGACAGAUGAGACAACUUAAGAAAUAAUAGUAUAUAAUAUAAUAUUAUUAUUAUAUAUAUAAUAUAUUAUUAUUAAUAUAGAGCUUAAAUGUUAUCUUGGCAGCGAGCCCAAAUGCCAUGUUAGCUAGCAGGAUGCAAACAAAUGUGCUGUUAUUUGAUUACAAUUUAAAUGUCAUACCCAAAUGAGAAGAGAUUUGGGAGCCGAGCCAACCCUUCCAUCUUUCACAGCCCUGCACUAGGCAACCUUGUACAUAAACAAACCACCAACAGGCACAAACGCACACAGAGACAUUCAGACAUCUGGAAAGUGAAGACAGACCUGAUAAUUUGGUGUUACAAGUCAUCAUUCUGUGGAUGCUCACCUUCUGGGAGCUACAGACUCGCAACUUGAAAUGUCGAGAAAUCUCUGUAUUGAAACGGUGUGUGAAUCCCUUGGCACAUGUGUGUAUAUGAGGUUGAACAACGCUUUUCAUGUCAAAGCCUUAAGUAGCAGAGAAAUUACUUUCUGUUGUUCCUCUAGUGCUGUGCUCCCAUAAAGUUUCUCCACAUGUGCGUUGAGGCACGCUGGUGUGCCAGAAAGCGAGCUAUGCCGUGUCAUCGUUAAAUAAAACCAUUAAAUGUACUUUAUCCAAGUUUAACAGCUCUCUUAGUUCAGUAUAACUUGUUGUUGUUGUUGUUGUUGUUGUUGUCGUUGUUGUAGCAGUAUGCAGGGCCACCAGGAUGCAACAAACAACCAGUCAGCUGCUAUGGUUUCUCUCACAACCCUCUGAAAAUUCACUGUUCUAAUGUAAACUAAACCAGUGACUGUGAUGUAAAACGUAAAUAAACGUGCCUUAAUACACUGUGUCCUGCUACUGUGUUGUGUCACUAA